AUGUCCGCACCACCGCCCAGUCUCAGCAUGGCACCUCUCGCUUCACAUCCUCCCGUCAUGCCCGCAGCCUCUGCGACGGUACCCAUUGCGCCACGACCAUCAUCCACAACGACCUGCUCCGCCCCAGCGUCCACGUCUUCCGCUCCGACUCCACCCUCUGGUCCGCCUGCGAAGAAGAAGCGGCGGUCAAAGGUCGACUCGGCAUGUCGAUUCUGCCGGCGCAGCCACAUGCAGUGCUCAGGCGAGCGACCAUGUGCGCGUUGCAUCAAACGCGAGAUCGCCCACCUCUGUACGGACGAACCGAUCGCCGGCUUGGACGCCAGUCAGAAGGGCGGAACAGCAUCGGCGUCUCCAGCUCCGCCAGCACAUCCUCCCCAGUCGACUGCACCUUUACAGCAAGCGUCUGUCUCCGCCGCACAGACGAGUCCUCCCAUCGCAUCACUCGCCAGUCCCUCUCGCAGCGCAGUCGAGGGGAACUCGAUGCUCAACACGCUCGGCUUGGACAUGGGCGACGCGCUGAGCAACGCCGCAGCAGCUGCAGGGUCUUUUCCAAACAUGCUGGCGACUAGCAACUUGUUCGGGGCAAAUCAGGGAGGAUUCGGUGCAGCCAGCACCAGCCAAGCUGGAGCGCAACCUUCGCUGUUUGCGACCGACUUCAACCCGGCCAUGCUCGACUUGGCCGACAACGGUCUUGGCGCUGGACUCGGACUCGACAUGACGAUGAACGGCGACGGCGAAUUCCACGGUCUCGGCUUGAGCGAGUUCCUCCAAUCUCUGAACGACACUCCGAUCUUCGGUGCGGAUCAAGCCUCGACAGCGCAGAACGGGCAAAUAGGCGGGCUUCCCAUCAACACGGAUACCGGUUUGACAGCGCCUCCAGGCUCGGGCGCGGGAGAAGGCAAGGAGAAGGGCAAGAGUACGGGACCAAGCGUGCCGGGCAGUCCGAUCAACAAGACCGAACGCUUCCUCCUCACGGCUGCGGAUCAGAAAGACGGCUCGCGAUCUGACCGUCUUGCGCGCGUCAUUCACGCCAAGUUCGAGGCGGGUUUGCUCAAGCCGUACAACCAUGUAGCGGGCUACACGCGCUUGAUGAAGUGGAUGGCGGACAACAUGUCGGCGAGCUCGCGGCAAAGAACGCUGCAUACCUUGUCCGAGUUCCGGCCGACCUUCCGAGCUAUCGCUUCCGGCCUGACCGACCUCGACCUCGUCUUUAUCGAAGAAGCCUUCGAGCGACUUCUCCUCGACUAUGACCGCGUCUUCUCCUCGAUGGGGAUCCCCGCAUGCCUGUGGCGACGGACAGGCGAGAUCUACAAGGGCAACAAGGAAUUUGCGGCCCUUGUCGGCGUGCCGAUCGAGCAUCUCCAGGGCGGGAAGCUCGCCAUAUACGAGCUCAUGGCAGAGGAGAGUGCCGUCAACUACUGGGAGAAGUACGGGAACAUUGCCUUCGACGCCUCGCAAAAGGCCGUCCUCACCUCCUGCGUCCUCGUCAACCAGUCUGUCUUGUCGCGCAAGAGGAAGAAGGCUGGAGCGAACAAGGCCAAAGUCCUAGAGGACGCGAUGGUUAACGCUUGCUUCUCUUUCACCAUCCGCCGCGAUUCGUACAGCAUCCCUUCGAUGAUCAUCGGCAACUUCAUCCGGCUUUGA